UAGUAUUGUAUUUGGUGAAGGCCAAGCCCACUUUUUAAGGAGGAUAUGAAGUUGAUUCCAUUAUUGCAGUGUAUUAUAAGACAAAAGGUUCAUUCUUCUGUCUUAAGUCCUUUGGGAGUACCAAGAAUAAAACCAGUUUCUACAGCUAGAAGAAGUCUAGUUUUUGUCUCAAGGCCACAGAAUAAGUAUGAAGACAGCUCUUACUGGAAUAUCAGGUGGACUGGUGGUACCACCAUUUGGCAUAAAUGGGAAGUUGAUGAAUUGUUAAAGAAACACUAUCACUUUUUGCAGACUGGUAAUAAUCAGUCUUCAAUAUUCGUACCUCUCUGUGGUAAGAGCAUAGACAUGAAGUGGCUAGCUGAUAAAGGUCAUGCUGUGGUUGGUAUUGAUAUUGUUGAACUAGCUGCUCAACAGUUCUUUACUGAAAGCAAUAUCCCAUUCAAAAAAUAUACAACUGAUGAUUUCUCAGUGUAUGAAUCAACUGAUGACAUGAUGAAGAUCAAGUUCAUUGUAGGAGAUUUGUUUAAGUGUUCAGUUGAGAGGAUUGGAUCAUUUGAUGCUAUCUGGGACUGCAAUUCAAUCAUUGCUAUUAAUCCAGAUGACACAAAAAGAUAUGCAAAGUUGCUUGACUCUCUUCUUAAAUCUUCUGGUCGUAUUCUCCUCUCAACUUAUGAAUUUGAGGAUCUUUCGGGACGCGAUCAACCUCCUCAUAAUCUGCCUCCAGAUGCAGUGAAGGGUUUGUUUGGAGAGAAGUACAGUAUUGCUGUUAAAGAGACUCUAGAUCAUACCGCUCUAUUCUGUAUAAAGUAUCAAAUACCAUGGGCUCAAAGGCAUUUGCUUUAUUUGUCAAAAAAUAAUUGAUUAUCUAAUUUUAA